AUGGGUAAACCAGGCUUAGCCUUUGGCCUCAACAUCACCAAAAAGCCAGGCGCGUCAAAACCCGCUCCGCCAAAGCGAAGGCCCAUGUUCGGUGACGACGAUGACGAUUCGGAUAACGAUGGCGCCGGUGGUGAGGGAAAAGCAGAGGAAAUUGGCGAGUUUGAUGACUUCGGCAGCGUUCCAAAGCCAAAAACUACUACCUCGAAACCGACCAAAUCGAAGAAUGGCCUACCGAUCCAACCCCCGAAGCUUAAGUCAAAGGGCCAACUAAACAUGAUGUUUGGCGAUCUCUCCAGCUCUCUAAGUUCUCGGAAAAAUGCCGAAGCUGCCGCCGAAGUUGAUGCCAGCGUCUACGAGUACGAUUCCGUCUACGAUUCGCUCAAGCCCAAGAAACAGGCUACGAAAGAGGACCUAGAAAAACGACCAAAGUACAUGAAGAACAUCUUGCAAGCGGCUGAUAUACGGAAACGCGAUGCACUUAUUGCGGAGGAGAAAAAGAUUGCGCGCGAGCGAGAGGCCGAAGGAGAGGAGUAUGACGACAAGGAAAAAUUCGUCACUGAAGCCUACCGGAAACAACAGGAGGAGAAUAAGCGGUUAGAAGAGGAAGAGAAGAAGAGGGAAGAGGCAGAGGCAAAGAAGAACAAGACUGGCGGCAUGUCUGCGUUUUACCGGAAACUUCUGGAUAAGGACGAGCAACGCCAUUCAGACGCUGUCAAGGCAGCUGAGGAAAAUGCCAAGAACAGCGCUUCCAAGGAACCCAUGGCAGAGGAUGGCGAGAAAGUGAAUGAAAGGUCAGAGGCUGAUCUAGCCAAGGAGCUUAACGAGAAGGGCGCAGCGGUUGCCAUCAACGAAGACGGCCAAGUCGUCGACAAGCGCCAGCUACUCAGGAGCGGCCUAAACGUGGGCGCCAAGAAGAAGGAAUCCGCACAGCGCGAAUCUGAGCGACAAGCUGAGCAGCCACGAAAGGAGCCCGCCAACCAACAGUUUGGAAGAAAGCAAGCUCAACGAGAGCGACAAACUCGCAUGAUGGAGGAGCAGCUGGAGCAAUCGAUGAAGCGAUCACGCGAUGAAGAAGCAGCGCAGCGAGAAGAGGUCGAGCGGGCGGCAAAGAGUCGCAAGACAGAAGGCGAAAUCUCGAGCGCAAAAGAGCGAUACCUUGCGCGUAAACGGGCUGCUGAGGAAGAAAAGAAGAAGGCUGCUGGGGGAGCUUAG